AUGAUAACAUCGUCGGAAGUUUGCACAGAACUGCGGGCAGAAAGACGGCGCAAACCUUGCGGCACCAAUGCCUCUGCUCUGGAAAAAGACAUUGGGCCAGAGCAAUUUCCACUCAAUGAACACUAUUUUGGACUGGUCAAUUUCGGGAACACAUGCUACUGUAACUCCGUCCUGCAAGCCCUGUACUUCUGUCGGCCAUUCCGGGAGAAUGUUCUGGCAUACAAGGCCCAGCAGAAAAAGAAGGAAAAUCUCCUCACUUGCCUAGCAGAUCUGUUCCAUAGUAUUGCUACUCAGAAGAAGAAAGUUGGGGUGAUUCCACCAAAAAAAUUCAUCUCUCGGUUGCGAAAGGAGAAUGAUCUUUUUGACAACUACAUGCAGCAGGACGCCCAUGAGUUUUUGAACUACUUACUGAACACCGUUGCUGACAUUCUGCAGGAGGAGAAGAAGCAGGAGAAGCAAAAUGGCAGAUUGAGAAAUGGCAACAUGAAUGAAGCAGAAGAGAACAAUAAACAAGAACUCACCUGGGUGCACGAGAUUUUUCAGGGAACGCUGACUAAUGAAACAAGAUGUUUGAACUGUGAAACUGUUAGUAGUAAAGAUGAAGAUUUUCUUGAUCUUUCUGUCGAUGUUGAACAGAACACAUCAAUUACUCACUGCUUACGGGACUUCAGCAACACAGAAACACUGUGUAGUGAACAGAAGUACUAUUGUGAGACCUGCUGCAGCAAACAGGAGGCACAAAAGAGGAUGAGGGUUAAAAAGCUGCCAAUGAUCCUUGCACUGCACCUGAAGAGAUUCAAAUACAUGGAGCAGUUACAUCGCUACACCAAACUCUCUUACCGUGUGGUUUUCCCUCUGGAACUACGUCUCUUCAACACAUCUGGUGAUGCGAUCAACUUGGAUCGCAUGUAUGACUUGGUAGCUGUAGUAGUUCACUGCGGAAGUGGACCGAAUCGUGGACAUUAUAUUACCAUUGUGAAAAGUCAUGGCUUCUGGCUUUUAUUCGAUGACGAUAUUGUAGAGAAAAUUGAUGCACAAGCUAUUGAAGAAUUCUAUGGCCUGACUUCUGAUAUAUCCAAAAAUUCUGAAUCUGGAUAUAUUUUAUUUUAUCAAUCAAGAGAGUGACUGCAAGCACUGUGACCUUUCCCUGCUCAAGAAGAGAAAUUGACCAACACUGUUAACUCAUUUCUGUGUAGACCCAUCCGAUAGAGAGUCUCCUCUGAGCUCAUGUUGACAAUUGCUAAUUGAAGCUCCCCAUCUUUGCUAGAAUAUAAUAUCUCCUCCAACUUUUAGUUUUGACUCACACUUAACUACAGCAAGAGCAAAUUUAUGCAGACUCAUGUUCAUCUACCAAACUCUGCCGAACUGAGGUACAUGUUGCCUGGAUAUGUGUAUCGUCAUUAAGGGCCUUUUGCUCUUGGUAAUAACAAACCAUGCAUUUAGACCAGUGAUUUCAAAACUGUGUUCUAAGGAAUCCAAGGAUUCCUUGGAUGCGUCUCAGUAGUAAUGGGGGUAGACAACUAACACAGCCAGAGUCAGGGGUCAGCAUUCUCAGGCAGUUUCUGGAGCCCAUGCUGUGCCCAGGGUGCAGGGAGAGGGAUUGUUGACCCCCAGAUUCCUUAUUCCUUCUCCUCCUUGUUUCAGUUUCUUGUUUACUUGCUUUCUCUUAAUUUUGUGUGAAGAAGAGUCCAUUCAGAGAAUUUGCUCAUGGACUCCCCCCUCGCCCCCAAAUGUGGAGUGAAUUCUGACAUCCAUUCUUUAAAGCAGCCUUCCCAAGAUUGAGUCCUUACAGAAGUUUGGACAACACAUUCUGGCAUCCCUGAUUAUUGGCUGGUGGUGAGGAGAGUUGAAGUCCAAAACAAGUGGACAGGCCCAGGUUGAGAAACAUUGCUCUAGAGAUUGUUUUGCCGCAACUAUUGAUCUUUACCUGAAAGGUACACCUGCAGGAAGUAACAGAUGUUCCUGCUUCCUUUCCUGCUGUUGGAGGGUGAUUUCCAGAAAGACAGGCCAGUGCUUCAGAUGAAAUGAACAUGUCUGCACUGCGGCAGAGGAUUCUUUAAGGUUCCUAAGCAGAGAAUGAUCAAGGGUUCACACACACUCUUAAGGGUUAAAAGACUGGAAGCUAUUGUUGCUUUCAAGAUAGACUAAAAUUGAACUAAGUGGAAAGAUGUUUAUGUACUUCAUAAUUGGAACUGGAGUUGGAUUGCAGAUUAUGCCACAUGGUUUUCUCCAGUUAGAGAAUGAUUAUCUCUCGAUCCUUUAAAGCUCUGAUUUGUUUAAAAAAGAAAGAAAGAAAGAAAGAAAGAAAGAAAGAAAGAAAGAAAGAAAGAAAGAAAGAAAGAAAUUGGGCAGCCUUCAAACAGACGUUUAUCCAAAGGGAUUUCAGUUUUAUUUGAAUGAAAUCAUUCUGCACAUAUCCAGUCUUCCUGUUUAUUGUGGGACAGCGCACAUGAACCAAGCUGGCCCCCUGGAUUCCUAUGAUCUGAAGGGGGAUUUUGCACUGAAGACAAGGAGAUGUUGUUUCUCCAUGUUACUUUCACUGCAUAAUGAGUGAUAGUAUCUUGUUGUAACCCAAAGAAAUAUUAUGAAACUUUGUUCUUGCUUACCCAGGUUUGCCCACAUCUCGAGCAUCGUGCAUCUGAGCAAGUACUUGUGCAUCCGUUGUGUAAUCCAGUGAAGCGAUAGUGGUCAUUGCUCAAGCAGAGCUUCAUGUGUGCAAGGGUUUCUUGUUCUCAUGUAUUGUAGGAAAUGCUUUGUGUGCACAUUAGAGAUCCUACAUGUACAACAACAACAACAAAAGUACAACAGAGCCACUGAAUUUGAGGGAAUACCUGUCAGAGUGGUCAGUCCUGCAAAUUGACGUUGAGAGUUAAGUGUCAUGGCAUAAAUUCCUGGGUUCUGUCCUUAAUGUGACCAAGGAAUAGACCUCAUAGAAAAUGGCCCCAUUAAGUUCUAUAACACCAAGUAAAUGGCCUCCUGGCAGCAGGACUGUUGAGGGAGAUGCAAAUCAAAUAACCUGAGGCAAAAUGUUCUCGGAGCAAAAGGUGGGGUUAACAUCCAUCCCAGGAAUCUCCCAGGAAUCAUGCCUUCACUUUCCGCUCCAUCAUUUGGAGUCUUAGCUUACAAGAGUUCCAGUUCAGUUCUGUGGCAUGGAGUGAAAAUAGGUUGAACUUGGCAAGACUAUUGAAAUGAUAUGACUGCUUCUUUCCAGAUUUUAAGUUGACCAUUUAGUUCUUACCAUACAAAUGUCCCAAAGCAUGUUCCUGUAGGUUCUUCCCUAUCAGUGAACGGGUGACACUCACAGCUGUGAGGACAAGGAAAAUGCUUUGCUUGAGAAUGACUUUACAGUGAUGGGCUAGUUGUGUCAUUGGACCCUUAACAACUUACCUGGCUUUCCCUGCACGGGAGUACCACUGAGGCAGCAGUUUCUUUCUCUAUACUCACAUCAAAACCUGCAAUAUAAGAGCUGCCUUCCCCUAAUUUUGUCAGCCAUUUUGCUCAUCGUAUCAUAAUUCAGAGCACUUAUCCAGAUGGGGAUUAACCAUGCCUGCCAUCAACAGCCAUGCACAUUAACUAGCACAGGUUUGUACUACCUGAAUGUCUUGAGGCUUCCUAGUUAGUUAUAAUAGCUAUGCUCCUGAUGUUCAGUGGCUUCUGAAAUAACGUAUUAAGUCAUCUUUAAAUGUAAAUAUCUGAAGGGGAAUGGGAAAAACCUGUCUUCUUCUGUUACUGGCUCUAACAUUGCAGGGUUGUCUUAAAGUGUAAUACCUCUGUUUUGUUGUCCAUGGGCUGUUCACACUAAGUGCAAAUAAAAUAGAAAUAAAAUAGAAGGCAAAUGGCAUAGUCCAGCAGGAUGUUCUCUGAGACAAGUACCAUUGAAAUGGCUAGGAGCUGAAUAGGGCCUCUAGUUGCUGCUGGAUCAUGUCUCGAAUGGAUGUGUGUAUGACCUCAAGGCAAAAAAAGUUCUAGAAUUGCUCACAGCAUUUUUCUCUCUUUAAAGGAAGAAAGGAUGGAAAACAGCAACAAGGAAUGCAUUUUAGGAAACAACUCCCUUUAGUACUUUUUAAUAGAGACUGAAUUGCAGUUUUGUGGCUGAACUGUUAAUAUUUUAUCUUUAUCCAUUACUGAUGGAUCUUCCAUUAUGGUUUCCCUUUGGCAAGUGAAACGUCCUCAUGUGCAUGUGCUAUUUACCAUUUUAAAGAAAAACACAAUGGUGAUGUUACAUUAUUAGCCUUUGCUAAAGUAACAGUCACUAUGUACUUAGAAGGGUCUGGUCUGCUGCAUACCAAAGAGUGUAGCACUUUACAUGUGUGAGAAGACAAAAGCAGAUUUUUUUCCCCGAAAAAUUCUUUAAAGUACUAUAAAUGGUUUGCCACCAUGGUGAUUUAGUGGAUUUUUUUAAAGCCUUGCUUGCAUGAACACACCAUUUGAUCAGCAGGACGGUGGAUGCUCUAAUGUGCCUAAUAUGUACAAUGAAGUCUGAGUGAGCUCCUGACAAAAGGAAUGUGGGCAAUGCCUGCUUAAAAUCUCAUACGUCAGAACUGGACCUGGGGUUGGAUCUACAUUUAGGCGCUGAAGGAAUUUGGCUUCCUAUUCCCUCCUUCUGCAGAAGUGCUGGAGUCCACAAAAGAGCCCUGGGGAGAGUGAGGGUGAGGGAAUGAGGGUGCUAUGGUGGAGAAAAGAAAAUGCCUGAAAAACAGGUUAUUCUACCAGCAGAAGGCAGGCUCUCCAACUAAGGCCCAUCUUGAUUCUGUCAUACGAGAUUUCAGCGGCCAUUGCCAGCAUCUUUCCAAACAAGUCCAUAAUCAGAAGGACAGAAACGUUCCCGCACCUCGCCCCUUAAGGCUCAAAGCUGAGGAUAUUGACUCCUCUACAAGAUGGCAAAUCCUAUAUUUGCACAUUACCUUCGAAGACGCUAGGACUACAAGAUGCUUAAAUUCUGGGGCUUCAAUUUUUGAAAAUUUGAGUGCAUGUCUUGCAUGAAACUUAAGUUGGUGGAUCUUAGAUUUUUAGUGAAAAAUGAAGCACAUCCUUGUGAGCAUAAAUCUGCCACUCACUGACUGCAGGUUCCAAAUUGGACCACUCAGUGAAAUAAAAAAGGGACAGGUUUCAGUUAAUAUAAAGAUGACUUUCUGAAUUGUGCCUAUAGUCUGUAAUUCAAAAUGACAGUUCAUACAUAUAUAUGUAUCAUUUGAUUAUUCAUCUUUUAAAAAUUAGCAGUUGAAUAUAUGAACUUGUUUAAGCCUGGUUUAGACACAAUAAAAAAAACAUGGUUCCCUCUGACACCCAUGAAUAAGCCACAGCAUGCCUUAGGCUUGUACUGACUCCUGUUUUCUUGUUCAAGACCCCAAGGAAGAGAUUGAAAGCAUCCACUUACAAUCUUUAGGAGGCUAUGUUCCCUUAUGAUUUUGGAAAUAUUGAAACCAUAGUUUCUUCAAACUCCAGUUAGAAAGCUAACAAAGACCAAAAGCCAUUAGUUUGAUCCUGGUUUGUUUGCAUUUGGAUGUGAUGAGUAACUGUGGUUUCUUUAAAACUACACAUAAAUGUUCCUCCCUCUACAAAGAUUUGCAACACCUACAGAACUUGUUUUAUAUGCAUUUCUAAAAUAUAGUUAAGUCAGUAAAAAUAAUUAAGUAAGUAAAAAAUACAGUUAAGUAAAUUAAAAAUAUUCAAACCCAAGGGCUACCAUGGUAGGUCCAUGUUGUGGAUUCCCCAGUUUGACCUUUCUUCUGAACGAGGCCUUUGUAAGUGUCGUCCUUGAGGAGAUUAUGUGAAAGCUGUGUGUAUGGUCUGUGAUGGCUGAUUCUCACAUGCAGGGCAUCACUCGAUAUUACCGUCAUUAAGUGAUCCAUGAGCAUGUGGGAAAGAGCAGCCUUAGCAAGUAUGUCAGUGAUACACUUCUUGCCUCAGAGGACACAAUGCAUGAGAGUCUGUCUUUCUCUCAAACAGGAACAAUGCCAACUUUGUCUAAUUAAUAACUGGAAUCAAUGAAGCUCUUUCCAAUACAACCCACUCAAGUCAACAGACACUGAAUAAUUGACUCCCACGGAGUUGGGAAUGUGGGAUUUUGUGAAUAAAGUCCUUGACUUGCUUUGCUAUGUUGCACAGGAUUUUUCCGAGAUGUGGCCAUCACUUUUUUGACAGGCUGGCUGCUCUGGCUAUGGCGAAUAAAUGCACUUUCUAGUUCUGUGUUAAUCUAUGUAAUACACAUGUUUUGUACAUUGCAACGGUUGCUGCCAAACAUUUUUAGGAGGCAUGUUAAAUCUUUUUUUUUUAACAUAAAAAAAGCUAGCAUUUAAUGUGUAACUUGAAUGUUUGGAGCGGAUGUUUAUAUAAAUAGAAUUUUUGCAUUACUGGAAUUUUUAAAAAAAUAAAAUGGAAAAUAGGGAUUAAGGUAUAUUUGAUUUCUACCUUAAGGAAAAUGUUCUCUUUUUGUUGUAGGUAAUGAAACCAGAACAUUGAAAUAAUAUUUAAAUAUUAUAAUAUACAACUUGGUGUGUUUUUCUUUCCUGUAUCUCUAAUUUGAGUUCAAUAAUAAAUACAGACAACUACAACAUACUUUUUGGUAUUACUAUUCUAGGCUUCCCUAGUUUAAUUGUUUUACAAAAUUGGGACCUAAUCUUACACAAGGUAAAGACUCCAUUGUAUGUCUCAUACUCGUCUAUACAGUUCCAUGUCCCAAACAAGUAGAUGAUGCCAUUAUACACUGUAUGUCUGUUAGGACAACAUGUGUGGUCUUAUGAAAUAUGCUGAAAAUCACAAGGGCAGCAUAUGUUCUCAACCACAAUCCCAUUUGCACUCCCCACCCCAUUCAGGAUAGGACUAGUGACUUACAGCCUGCUUCUGUGUCAGUAUUGUGUCUAGCAGGGUCAAGUUGAAUGCUGCUCAAUUUUAAUGAAUCAAUCCAAUGUUUACUGAAAGACAAACCCUACUACUGUCAUCACUGGAGGACAGGAUGACUUAGAUUUAUUUUAGGAGCUAGUGUGGUUUUCCUCUACAGUGGCCUGCUUUGUAACAUCUACAACAUACACCCUACUUCCUGUUUCAAAAGCAGAUUUAUACCAACAUCUGUCUGCAUUGAGGAAUUAUGUGCUGAAAUUGUGGGCUCUCCCCACCAAGAGAAAAAACUGACUUUGAAACAUGUGUUAUUUUGAAAUUAGUUGACAAUUAAUCUGUGCAUAGCCAGAAUCUGUUGUAGAUUUAUACUGGUGUAAGUGCAGUGAUAUGAAUCAUGGUGGCAAAUUGCUGCUACCAAAUGAGUUGCUGCUUGCAUUUCUUGCCCUAUGCCAGAUGUCUGACUUGCUGCAUAACUGGAAAUGCAAGUGACAACAUAUAAGUACAAUUUUAGGAAAGGUAUAGAAACACAUCUUGUUAGAGUGGCAUAAAAGAUCUAACCUGCCUUGCUGUGUUGUUC